AUGACGAGCCACGAAGAUGCAGCCGCAGCUCUUUAUCUCCCCCUCACUGACUCAACUCUGACCAUCCGAGUUAUAAAAAACUUCCCUUACCGCACCACCAGGAACCUGGUCCUGCACCACCUCGAUCUAACAUCACUCACGGUUGGGGAUCUGAAAGAGCUGGCUAAGAAAGAGGUGUUAACAAAGCCAGGCUGGAAGCCUUACAAAACCGUUGUCCUUGAUACGCUGAAGCUGUACACUAAAGCACAGGGCACCAAAACACAGAAUCUAAUUAUCAACAUGGAGGAUAAGGAUGACGAGAAAAUCUUUAGAGAUGAUUCUAAGACCCUGGCUGAGUAUGGCUGUGAACACGAGACCGAGAUCUCGUUCUUCAACAUGGCCGACUAUCUCGAGUUUAAGGCAGAUCCUACCGAGAAAUGGUAG